GGGGUGGAGCCAGCGUCUACCCAGGAGGCAGCGCGUGGCAUAAAUACUCUGCCCUGCUAGCCGAGCUCAUUGCGCGCUGAAAAUCUUCGUGGCCGCCGGUAUUGCUCCGGCGGUCACCUAGUAUUUUCGCGCUCCUGCUUUUUCCCUUUUCUCCUUCUCCCGCUCUGAGCUGCAGUCAGGACGGGAACUGCUCUGCCCUGUCGGUGAUUACAACUUGAUGGAUGACAGCUCUUUUCAACAAACAACAGAUAAUUCAAAAAUGGCAGAACUCUUCAUGGAAUGUGAAGAAGAAGAGCUGGAACCAUGGCAGAAAAAAGUAGAAGAAAUGCAGGUGGAAGAUAAUGAUGAUGAUGAUGAUGAUGAGCUAAUCUUUGUUGGAGAAAUAUCGAGUUCAAAACCAGCCAUUUCAAAUAUUUUGAACAGAAGUAACACCAGCUCAUCUUCAUCUUCAAAGGGAAUAAAGAAUGAGUCUCUUGGUCCAGGAAUUUCUGAUAUGUUCAAACCUACAAGUCAGCAUUACAAAGACCCAAGAUCAAAUCCUGUGGCUGCCUUAUCUAGAUUUCGUCCUGAAUCUAGAUCUUCACAAAGUUCUGCUGUUGUUCAGGAUACAUCUAAAUCUGAUUUUUCGAAGAAUUCAUCACAAGUUGAAUUGGAUAAUUCUUCAGUCUCACUGUUUGGUUCAUCCCAGGAUACAAUACCACUGUCCACAGGCAUAGGAAAAAAAUUUUUGGAAGGUGUGGAUCAAACUUCAUUUGGAUUAAAACGUCCUUCUACUUCUAAAAUAAACAGUGUUAAUCAAAAAAAGCCAAAGACCAGUGAAAGUGUUUCUGAAAUAAAUCUCUCCUCUUCAUUGUCUUUAAAUAGUUCUUCAGUGGCAUCUUCCCAGGUUAUGGUAUCACCAGGUUCAAAUACCUCAUCUAUUGAACAGAAAACUGAAGAGCCUGACCUAAGAUCUUGUCCAAAGUGCAAUAUUCAAUUUAGUCUUUUGGAUCCUUUGAAAUACCACAUGAAGCGUUGUUGUCCAGACAUGUUAAAUAACUUUCCAGGAACUAUUAAAACAGAACUUUCAUCUGCUGAAGAUACAACUAAUACUGGUUCGGAGAAAGAAAAAUUGAUCAUGUUAGUUAGUGACUUUUAUUAUGGAAAGCAUGGCGGAACCUUGCAGGAAGAACCGAAGACUUAUACAACUUUUAAAUGCUUCAGUUGCUUGAAAGUUCUUAAAAAUAACAUUAGGUUCAUGAACCACAUGAAACACCACUUGGAACUUGAAAAGCAGAAUAGUGAGAGCUGGGAAAGCCACACCACCUGUCAACACUGCUACCGGCAGUAUCCCACACCCUUCCAGCUGCAGUGCCAUAUUGAGAGUACACACACUCCCCAUGAGUUUUCUACUAUUUGCAAAAUCUGUGAAUUAUCAUUUGAAACAGAGCAUAUUCUUUUACAACAUAUGAAGGACACUCAUAAACCUGGUGAAAUGCCCUAUAUUUGCCAGGUUUGCCAGUUUAGAUCAUCAACAUUUUCUGAUGUGGAAACUCAUUUUAGAACAUCGCAUGAAAACACUAAGAACUUGCUGUGUCCAUUUUGCCUCAAAGUUAGUAGAAUGGCAACCCCUUACAUGAAUCAUUACAUGAAGCAUCAGAAAAAGGGAAUUCAUCGUUGUUCAAAAUGCAGAUUGCAAUUUUUGACCUGCAAAGAGAAAACAGAUCACAAAACACAACAUCGUACCUUUGUGAAGCCUAAAGAACUAGAAGGAUUGCCUUCUGGAACAAAAGUUACUAUUCGAGCAUCAAUUGGACCACCUCAGUCAAAACCACCAAGUACACCUUCCAGUUCUGCUGCAAGCUCUUCUUCUCUUCAAGUCUUACCUCCAGAACCCGAAAAUACAACUGCCAAAAAUCUCACAAAAUCUUACGCAAACAAAGCUAAGACAACUAAGCUUCAGGCAACUGUGUCCACUGCUAAUAAACCCAACACAAGUAAACCGAGUGGAGGUGCAGCUAAAUGCAAAAAACUCUCUUACAAGCAAAAGAGACAGCGCAACAGGAAAAAUAAACUCAGCAUAGCUUUGAAGAACUUAAGAUGUCAUCGGGGAAUUUACAAGUGCAUUGAGUGUCGUACCAAAAUCAAAGAUUUUGCAAACCACUUUGCUAUAUUUAUCAACUGUAAUUUUUGCAAAUACAACACUAACUGUAACAAAGCCUUUGUAAAUCAUAUGGUCAGCUCUCAUACCACCCACCCAAAUAAAAAGUUUUAUAUUUUUAAGAAGCAAUCAGGAACUUCCAGGGGCAUUACUCUAGUGUGCCUUAACUGUGAUUUCCUAACUGAUUCUUCUGGCUUAGACCUCAUGGCUAAACAUUUAAGUCAACGUAAAACUCAUACUUGCCAAGUUGUAAUAGAGAAUGUUUCUGAAAGUACCUCAACUUCUGAACCCACUUCUCAGACUGCUUGUUGAAAUAGAUUCCUGCUCUAUGGAGCUCGUGCAACCUGGUGCAAGACAAGUUGGAAUUUCCUAAGUUCAAAGUUCUGAAGUGUUUUCUUACACAAAGGCAGUUUCCUAAGUUCAAAGUUCUGGAGUGUUUUCUCACAUGAAGGCGGUUAACAAAGUUCAUGAUACUAGGUCUUACUCAGCUCUUUCAGCUUUCAGAUGGCACGAGAAUCUUAUUCCACCUUAUCUUUGUGUCAGGAUAACAUAUCUUAACAUGUUUUUUUUUCUCCAGUUAGCUCUCUCCAAAAUUACCUUUUGUUGCUAUGGUCUUUUCUUGCUUUGCUUAAAAUAAUUUUUCUCUGCUGUACUUGCCUUCAGAAUAUUACAUUCCAAAUGACAUGGCUGUUCGUCUGUUACUGUCUGUUUUCUUAAUUUCUUAUGAGUCUUAUAUUUUUAGGUCAGGUAUCUGUUUUUCCCCUCAUUCCUUGUCUGUCAUUGUUCUAUUUUUCAUAUUUUUCAGAUGCAGAAGCAACACAGAAAUUUCAAAAAAUGUCCAGUGUACUCCUGGACAGUGUCCCCCUUCGAUGGACACAACUGAUGCCUGUUCUCUCUUUCCAAGGAAUGUGAAUUAUUUGACUGUGAAACCUCUUAUAGUUUGUGGCCUUAAGAAAUCAGAUCGUGGGAAGAGUCUCUUCCUAUCUGACUGGCCUCCCUUAAGGCUAAUGCUGAUUUGGCCAGAAAUGACCUCAAGGCCCACUAAAUUGAGCACAAAUUCUUUCUGGGGUCUUUUGGUUCUUGAUCUUAAGCUUAUGGGUUGAUUCUUACCAAGAAAAGCCCAUCAGAUAGAUCAGUGCUUCAACACCUGAGUUUUGAAGCCCAAUCAUUUUGGCUGCUGCCCUUUAAUCUUCCUCUAGUAUGCAUGCAGUCUAAGAAGUAUAAAAAUUCUGGGUAUGUAGGAUACCAAGAUUACUUUCAUGUUCUUGGAAAAACAAACUUUAUAAAAUUACAGUUCCAAAGUAACAGUUAUUUGUACUGUCAUUUAAAGUUUUAUUCAGUAUUAAUUCUAGGAGUUUUCAGUAAUACUAAUAAUAAAAUUUUUAAUUUUGAAAAAAUGUCAUUAAAUUCUGGUGGCUUGAGCUUAUGCUGUUUUUCAUCAGAUUUACAAAUGUCCAUUUUGUUGUCUAUUUUUGUACUGUUCUCUUUAAAGCUUUUGUUUCUUUUGUUUUUGUUGAGAACUAUAAGAAAUUUCUUUAAAAUUCUACACAAACUUCAUGUAGCUACCUACAGGUAGCUUCUUAAUUUAGUACUUGUUCAGAUUAUUAAUCAUUACUUAUUCUGUCUCUAUUGGAACUUCAUUAACAUCUUAGGGAUUGUGGUUUGAUUGACAUUAAAGAAUUGGCAAAAAAAUGUUUUUAAAGACCUUAACAUAAGUCUUAAAGUUACCUUUUUGUUCACCUAGUAAAUAAUAUCUUCUUAGCCAUUAAUGUAAUUCCUUUGGAUAAAGAUAAUAUAUUCAAAAAUAUUGGGACCAAAAAAUGCACUUGUUUCUUGCCCAUAUAUAUAGAUGUAUAUUUUUUUUAAUUUGGCGUUUGUUUAUUUUGGUUACACUGAAUAUAGAUUUACCGAACAGUUUUUGAUGUUACUUAUUUUUUUAAUAAAAUUUGUAUUGUUAAAGGCCUUGUGAAUUAUUUCUAAUAAAUAACUUCGCAUAAAAGCUAUAAUUUUAUCAUACAACUCAAAGCAUUACUUUGCUUUUCACUUGGAAGCCUGAUUGAUUGGCCUGCGCCCUGAGAACUUUUAUCUAUUGAAUGUAUCUUGUACUUUUUCCUUUUUACUCUAAAUUCAAAGUUUAGCUGAAUGUAGUGGUGCCAGCUUGUAAUCUCAGUUCUUGGGAAGCUAAUGCAGUAGGAUCACCGUAAGUUCGAGGCCAUUCUGGCCUACGUAGUGAGUUUAAGUUCUUCCUGAGCUAUAUAGUGAGACCCUGACUCAAAAAAAAAUCAAAAUCAAUUAAUCAAAUCAGAACUUCACAAAUGUACUUUGAGCAUUGAAAACCAGCUUCAGUGCUCACUUGUUCUAUAAUAUACUUCUUUACUUUAGAAUCAACAGUUAAAUCCACUAGUUUGAAUUUUCCAGACUGAUUUCUGCAAUAAAUGAUUUUCCAGAAUACCUAAAAAGUGGCUUGUUUUAUGGUAAUGGAGUUGGUGGUACUCUAAUGUUUAUUCUCAUAUUUGUCUCUUAAGAUGUUUUGUUGUCAUCUUUCCACUCAAUAUUUAAACUUUUAUUGUUAUAAAAUAUAACAUAAAAUUUGCCAUUUUACCCAUUUUCAAGUGUAUAACUUAACAUUAAUGGCUUCAUUUUGUUUGUUCAUUUGUUUUCCCCAUAAAUAGUAUCUUUGCAUUCUUCACAUUUCUGUUUUUUGAGACAGUAGCCAUGUAGCCCAGGCUGGGCUCCAACUCACAGCAAUCUUCCUGCCUCAGCCUUGCAAGCGCUGCGAUUAUAGGAGUCUGCCACCAUACCCAGCUGCUUUUUUGCAUUUUAAACAUAGAUUUUAUUUUUAUUUAUGAUGUUUUCACUGCCUCUCUCGUUGUUCAGAAAUGAUAAACAAGAGCUGAAUGUGGUGGCACAUAUCACACAAGGCUGAGGCAAGAUUGUGACUUUGAGAUUAUCCUGGGCAAUAUAGUGAAAGAUCAUACAAACCUAUAAUCCUAGUACUCCAGCAAUUGAGGCAGGAGGAUUGUGAGUUCAAGCCUAGUCUGGAGAAUUUAGCAAAAGACUGGGUAUGGUGAUGCAUGGAUAUAACUCCAGCACACAGAAGGCUAAAACAGAAAGAUUUUGGCAAGUUUUAGGCCAGUUUGAACUGCAUAGUGAGACAAUAUCGCAAAAAAAGGGCUAGGAUUAUAGCUUAAUGUGAAAGCCCUGGGUUCAAUCACAAAUUAAAAGAGAAAAACACAUUCUUGUUAUAUUAGUAUUUUAGGUAAGGCUGCAGUUUUAUGUUCUUUCAUAGGAUUGUAUUUCUACAGUAUGUAUCGGGGUUUUGUUUGUUUGAUGGGUUUUUUUUUUUUUUUUUAGACAAAAUCUACUAUGUAACCCAGGCUAGCCUUGAACUCACUACAUAGCCCAGGCUGGUCUCGAUCUCAUGGUAAUCCCUCCUGCCUUACCCUCCAGAGUGCUGGGAUUACAGGCAUGUGCCACCAUGCUCAGCAUGUAUUGGAUUAUUUUUCUAUGACUAUGCUACACUAAAAGUUCUAUCAGUGAUGCUGAGCCUGUGGCAUGCAUGCCACAACCAGCUGUUUAUCAUAGAAAGCUCCAGAAGGUUUACCGUCACUGUUCUUUGUACUGUGGUGUCAUUUUUGUUUUACAGUGUUUAAAACAUUUCAGGUAGUCAGUAUUAGGCUGUGUUAUUUUUUUAAUUUUUUUUUAAGAAGCACAAAUUUCAAAGCAAGACCACCAGAGCUCUUCACUUAUCAUAUUGUGUCUUGUUUUCUUCCAAAUAGUUGUCCAUAUCUUCACACACAGUGAAUACAUACUGAAAAAUAUAGUACUCAACUGAUCAGAACAGGAUGAUGAAGGUAUUUUAGGUCUUCAAGACCAGACAAUACAGGUGUCAACAAUGGCUGCCAUAGUGUCUCUCGUUCUCUUUGAAAUAGCUGUCCAUAUCUUUAAAUAUGUUGAAAUUAAAAGAAAAUAGACUAAUAGCACUUUAAACAGAAUAAUAGUAUUGCUAGGUUUUAUAUCAUGAUGCUACAGAAUUGCACUCGGUACCUUAGUGUGUCUUUUUCUUCAAAGUAUCUGUUCCUUACAUCAUGCAUUAUAUAAUCUGUACCCAUAAACUGUCUAGAAGUUCUACCCAUGCUUGAAUUUCUACAUGUAUACCUAUCCUUUCUGUAUUAUAGGGAGAAAAGCAGAUAAAAACAAGACAACAAAACAAAUUCCUAGAAAAACAUGAAGUGAAAAAACAAAACCACAAUACUAGAUGAUAUGCUUUCUCGUUAUUUUCAAUACAGUUGUCUAUCAUCAGGCAUAAUAUAAUUGAACAUAGCACUACAUAGCAAUAUUAAUAAAAACACAACAUUGGAGACAUUGUAGGACUUCAAAAUCAGUUAAUCAAACCAGAAUGAGUAUCAUAUUGCAUCUUGUCAUCUUCAGAGUAGUAGUUGCCUCUACUCUUAGAAUUGAUACUAUCAAGCAUACCAAAUUCAAAUAAAAUCAGUCAAGACAAAAUAGCAGUCUAACCAGAUUCAAAUUAGAUCAUUCAUAGUAAGACAAUGUAAGUAAUACAGGGCUUCAGUUUAAGUUAAUAGGGAAUUAAGGAUAGUUAUAUCCUGCUAUUUUUGGGAGAGCUGUCUGCCCUCAAAUCUAAUACAAGUAGACAAACUGGAACAGAAUAAAAUCAAACUAAACAGUGAUAAGACUAAUGUGGCUUUUAAAUACUGAUACACUAUUGCUAAUGUCCUCUGCCUUCUUUUUUUAAGACAAUUCCUCCACUUUCCCUUUCUCAGGUACUUUGUACAUUUGGGGUCCCACUAACUCCUUUAGUUUUUAGAUUGGGGGGAAACCCGCUAUCUACCUAAGUGGUACUGAACCUUUUUACCCCUGAGUGUGAUCUUGAGCUGUAUUCCUUUACCUACUAAAACCUCAGUUUUCCUUCUUUAUAGCUGAGUAGUUCUCCAUUGCACAAAAGUGUCGUGACUUUCUAACCUAUCUGCAGCUGCUGGACGAGCUGUCCCUAUUUCUCUCUGGUUCCAUAGAGCAUCGUUUUCUCAUCUUUGACUUUUGGUUUAUUAAUCAUUUUUCAGGUUGAUUAUAUUUCCUAUUCAGAGCAUUUCGAUGGACCCUAUCUCCUGAUCUGCUCUGCUUGUGUUUCUAUUUGUUAGUGUAUCAAGGCCAUCUAUGUUAGAAAUUAUAGCCAACUUUCUCUGCCUCAUCUCUGCUAUUUUAUUUUUCUAUUAUUUAUCCACUUUUCUCCUUCAUUCCACUGUCUGCCCCAUUCAUUGAGGCCUCUCUGCCACUGUUGCUGGAAUCCUGGUAUUUUUUUCUCUCUCUCUAGAAUGUCCUUCAGUAUUUUUUUUAGGGUUGGGAUGGUGGCCAUGAACUCCCACAGUUCCUCCUUGUCUUGGAAACAUCUUUUUUUCUCAAUUAAUUUUGAGAGUUUUUCAGGGUACGUCAAUCUGGGUUGGAAGUUGUUUUCUUUCGGGGUUUGGAAUACUUCAUUCCAAGCUCUUCUUGAAUUGAUAGUUUGUGUCAAGAAGUUUGUCGUGAUUUUGAUGAGUUUUCCUUUAUUGAUGAUCUGUCUCUUUUCUCUGACCACUUUUAAUAUUCUAUUCUAGUGAUGAAUUUCUGGGAUCUUGAUUAUUAUAUGUCUGGUGUAGAUCUGAUUUGGUUGUAGCUGUCUGGAAUUCUGUAUGCCUCAUUUAUCUGGAUAUCUUAUGCUUGGGAAGUUUUCCUUUUAGCCUUUGUAAUUCAUUUGUGGUUACUCCUGCUUUUUUGCUCACAUUUUUUAUUAUUAAGUUAUAGAUUCUCUUGUCAUCUUCUAGCCUUUGCAUUGUUACUUCUUGGUUCCCUGUUUUUAAGAGAUCUUUUGUUUCACAAUCACACAUUGCAAAUCUAUCUUCAAGUUUUUAAAGUCUAGUUUCAAGGAAUUUUGACAGCUUUCAAUGGAAUCUUGUCUCAUUUGAAUUAGAAGUUCAGUUUUAAGUUCAUCUAUGAGGUCACGAAAAUAUUUCUUUAUUCUGCUGAUGCUAUAGCUGAUAUUGCAUGAUUACUGCCCUCGAUCUCUUCUGUAUUUACUUCCCCUGGACUUAUUUUCCCUGGGUCAGCAGCUGGAGGCUUUUUCUUAUUUCUUUCUCUUGCCAUGUUUCUGGUUUCUUUUAGACAGGUGUAUGGUGAAGGUCUCAGGCCCUUUCCAUAUUUCCAAGGUUUUUCUGAAGCAUGCUGGCUAGAGGAUUGUUGCCCUCUCCAAUUUACUGUUAUCUGAGGUGCAUGCAGGGACGAUGUGGGCUGGCCCCUCUAUGAGCUAGUCAACCAGCGAAUGUUAGUCUGUGCCAUGUGGAUGUCACAGGUUCGGGACAGUUUCGUCCCUGGCUGGGACAUGACCCAGCCCAACUAGAGGUGUGACCCAGUCCAAGCAGGUCCCACAAGUCCUCUUGAGUCCACUGAGGUUCCUGGUUCAGGCCCAUCCUGCCCAACUCCAAUAUGUCAUCCAGCUGGUCAUCCCUUCCAUGGGACCAAAUUCCUAGCACCACAGAUUAAUGCAACUCUCCACAUUGGUUCUGCUCUCCAUUGCACUGCAUCCUCCCGCCAAGAGCCCUGGGCUCACCAACCCACAAUUUCAGUGGCUGUGACUUCAGCAUGACCAUGAAUCAUCCAACUCCAAGGUGCACCCAGCACAGCGUGGGACCAGCCCCAGUGAGCGUCUGGUUCCAGCCUUUCAUCCAUGUUUUCCUUCCUUUUUUUAUUUCUUUUUCCUCAGUUUCUUCCUGGAUUAUGAGAAUCCCUCUCCUUUCUUCUGGUCUUCUCCAUGGUGUUAAAUUCUAGCAUCUUGAAUUGUUUUUCUCAGAGAGGCUCUCUACCCUGCUACCUAUCAAGCCGCUAUGUUCAGACCCUCUAGGCUUUGUUAUUAUAGGCAAAUUAUUUGAGUAGUUUUAGCUUGUCACUGAUCCCUCUACCUUCAGGCUCUUGUAAGUAGUUCUUUCAUAUGAUUCAGAAAUAGCCAACUCCUAAAUACUUGUGCCUUUUGCUUUAGCUGAAAGAAGGUAUGAUUGACUCAGUUCCAGUCCAUCAUCAUUAUUAGAAAAACAACCACUAAACUACAGAGGUUUAGAUUUUUCUUGCCCUGUGUACUUGACAGAACACCUUUUUGACCUCACUUAGUCAAAGGUAGGCCUCCCUUAGAAGACGUCACUUGAGUAAAGACCUGAAGGAGGUAAGAAAGUGAUCCAUUAUCACAGGGGCAUUCCAGAAAAAGACAACAAAUAAGAAGCCUCCACAGUGGAAAUCUGAACCCUCAUACACUGCUGGUGUAAAUGUAAAAUAUUUCAACCAUCAUAAAGUUUGGCAGUUAUUCAAAACGUUAUGUAAAGAAUUACCACGUGACAUUAUAAUUCACUCCUGGGCGUGUAUCCAAAAGAGUUCAAAGCAGAGACCCAUACUUGUACAUGCUUAUAGAAGCACUAUUCAAAAUUGCCAAAAGAUAGCAACAGCUCAAAUGUUAUUCACAGAUAAAGCUUUGAGUAAGUUAUGGUAUGCCUGGUGGAAUAUUGCUUAGCCAUAAAAAGGAAUGGAAUACUGAUAAUACUACAUACAACAUUUGUGGAGUUCUUAAACAUGCUGAGUGAAAGUAAAAGUCACAAAAAGAUAUAUGAUCCCAUUUAUAUGAAAGAUCCAGAAUAGGCUGAUUCUCAGAGAAAAGGCAAAUGAGUUGUUUCUAGUAGCUGUGAGGAGAGGGAAUGGGAUGCAUUCCAAAUGGGUAUGGGAUUUUAUUCUAAAGCAAAAAACUGCUUUGGAACUAGUUACAGAUGGUUGCACAAUAUUGUAAAUGUACUACCAUUAAAUUGUUUAAGAUGAUUAAUUUUAUGUGAAUCUCAUCACUUUUUAAAAAUUUAAACUAGUGAUAUGAAGGAAACAUCCUUAUUCUAAUGAAAAUCUACAGCUAACGUAAGAAAAAGAGGCUCAUGGCUUAAGAAACAAAACUGAUAGGGCUUGUAGUAGAGUUGGGGUGUAGAAGCUGACAGGAGAUUGGGUCUGGGAAGUCAUGUGGACUGUAGUGUACAGGCUUAUGGACAAUGGUAAUGAUUUGGGUUUUAUUCUGUUUUGUUUUGUUUUUUUUACCGGUAACAGGGAUUGAACUCAUGACCACACGCUUGCAAGGGAGGCACUUAUGCCGUUGAGCUAAAUCCCCAGCCCCUGGGUUUUAUUCUGGAAUAAAAAGUCAUUAUAGAUUUGUUUGUUUGUUUGAGACAGAGUUUCACUAUGUAGUACAGGCUGACUUUGAACUUGCUUACGUAGCCAGGACUGAUUUUGAACUCAUGGUGUUCCUCUUGCCUCAGCUUGUGAAUGCUGGGAUUACAGACAUGCACCACCACACCUGGCAUUAAUAGAUUUUGAAUAGAGUUAAUUUAUAAUUUAAUAAAUUCAGGAUUAUUCCACCUGCUGUCUUGAAACAAGCAACCUAGAGCAAAAUCAAGAUAUCACAAGCUUUGUAAUAAUGCAGAUGGGAGAUUGUUAUGGUUUGUGCCUCGGUGUACUCCCCAAAGCCUCAUGCAGUCAUAGAUGAGGCUUUUCAGAAGUGGGGAGAAGCAGGAUGUAUCAUUACUAAAUUAGUUCACUGAUUGGUUCGGCAUAGUUCUGAGUAUGGAUAAUGGGAAGGCCUACCCUGGAUGUGGGUGCUGCCCGCCCUAAAGGCACAUAGCCUGGAUAGACUAUAAGGGACAGAAGGCUGCUGCCUUCACUUGCUGCUUCAUUACUGGCUGCCUUCUACCUGUCCUCCUUUGCUAUGGACUGUUUCUCCUGUGAUGCCCCUCUGCCAUGCCACCCUGCCUUGCAGCCACCCGAUUAUGGACUGAAACCUCUACAAACUGAGCCAACAUAAACCUUUCUUCCUUUAACUUUAGGUGUUGAGUAUUUUGUCUCAUUGAUCAGAAAAGUAAUUUCAGACAAGAGUUGAUGGGUUAGUUUAGGAUAGUGAGAGUAUAAAGGAUAAGAGGCUCAAUUUGGGCUGUGUAUUGGAGGUUGAGCCAAUAGAACGAUUGUUUCAAUGUAAAGUGUGAGAAAAUGUUAAAUGAUAGCAUGGUCACUAGUCUGAGAACUGGAAAGGUGGUGUUGAUACUGAGAUGGAGAAGACUAAAAAAUAGUUUGGGAGGAGAUGAAGACUUUGGAUUUGGGACAUGUUUGAGAUGUCCAUUCAGUAACCAGAUAGGAAUAUCAUAACCAUUCAGAUACAUAAGAACUGAAGGAAGCGCUACAAGCUGUCAAAAUUUAUUUUUUAUGUCAUAAGACUAUGAGAUCACUAAGAGAGAAAGGAUGACGUUCAGACACUUGAGUUCUGGGAUAUUCAGAUGUAAGAGGCUGAUAAAACAAGAACUCAGCAGUGGAGACUGAGAAGUGGCAGUCUCCUGGAAGACUAAGGGAGUAGCUGUGGCCUUGAAACUUCAGGUACCCUAUUUGUAAAAAAAGGUGGAUGCUGACUUGUUCGAGAGUUCUGACAUUUCCUGAUUUUCUUGGCUAUACCUAAAUAUCACUUACAAAUUUUCUUAGGAGAAAAUUCAGAAUGGUAAUGAUUUCUAGUGUAUACAUAUGUGCAUUUAUGUAUAUGUCAAAAUGCACUGUACACUUUAAAUUUAUAAUAUUUAUUUGUUAAUUAUUCCUCAGUAGAGUUGGAAGAAAACCGUGCCAUUUAAGAUUUCAGUAGCAGGGGCGGGGGAUUUAGCUCAGCGGCAUAAGUGCCUUCCUUGCAAGUAUGCGGUCCUGAGUUUGAUCCCUGGUACUGAUAAAAACAAAACAGACCAAAAAAAAAAAAGAUUUCAGUAGCAGAAACAGACUCAACACUGAGAAAAUGGAAUAUCCCGAUUGCUCCCAGACACAGUUAUAAGACUGCAUGCAGUCUUAUAAUAAUGAUACUAUUUUGUUUCUGUAAUAGGAAGUAUCUAGGUCUUGAACUAAUACCCACAAUUUGUAAAUAGGGAACAUAGAGCAGUAGUGUGUGCUUAGUAUUCAGAAGGCUUUGUGUUCAAUUCCCAUUCCCAGUACAAAAAAAAAGACUGAAAAGACAGGCCCCCAUGGUCAAAUAAAUUUAGGGAAUGCUAAACUGAAGCUAAGUAAAGUAAUUAUUUAGUAUAAUGUAUUUUUAUGCUAUAUUCAGUCUAUGAUUCUUUAAGAGAAAUUCAGAGACUUAGGGAAGAUCCUCUCCAAUUGCAACAUUAACCCAUAGAGAAUAUUGAUUUAUAAUAAUCAUUCUAAUCAUAUUUUCUGAAUUUGAAAGUAAGUAGGUGGUGUGUUAAGAUGGCUUUCUAGAUAUUACAUUCACACUCAUCAAUCUGAAAUAUGUAACUGGAGGAUAACAAUAUAAAUUGUCAUAUUUUUAAAUGUUUUCUUGUAAAGAGAAUGAAACCAAAUCAAAACAAUAAAGCCCAUCAAAACAAAACAGUGAAAAUGAUACAGAACUUCAAAACAGGAUAGUAGGAAAUCAACAGUGGUUACCAUAAUGUCUCUUGUUAUCUUCAAAAUUGCUGACUAUACCAUCAGACAUAAUAAAAUUUUUAAAAAACAGAUCAUUAAAGAAAACAAACAACAAUAUUGGAUUCAAAAACAAGACAGAAGGAAAUCUCCCACAGGCGCUAUACUGCAUACUCUUAUCCUCUAAAUAAAUGCUGGGACUACUGGCUUUAGGCCUACAAAGUCAAUUAAACAAUACAAGAAUUGAGAUGGUUUUGUACUUCAGUUGCUAUCAACUCAACCUAUGAUAACUCCGAAUCAGCCGAUUGCUUGGGUUGAGGGCUCUUGUCUCCUAGCCUGUGUGCUGGCCGGCUCAUGGGAAGGGCAAGUUGGCAUCUUGUGUCUCUUCCCAUCCCUGCAUGGCUGCUGCUGGCUCAUGUGAAGGAUAAAUUGGCUUUCUCUUCCUCUUCCCUCCCAUGGUUGCCCCUGGCUCACAGGAAGGGUGAAUUGACUUGUUCCUUUUUCCUGUCCCACAUGGCUGCAUUUUCAUAUUUUUACAAGUUCUAUCAGGAAAAUAUGUCCAUUAUUGUUUGUAAAGAUCUAAAAAAUACAUGACUGAGAGAAACUAAAACAUUUGUCCUAAAGGGCAUAGUCACUUUACAUGAUUUGAAACUCAAGAAGCUUCAGACUAGGCUGGAGUAUAGCUCAGUGGUAGUGUGUGUGUUUGCAAUAUGUGCAAAGCUUUGGAUUCAUUCCCCAGUAUCACAUGUAUAAAAAAGAGCUUCCGACUCUUUUUUUUUUUUUUUUUGUCUUUUUCCUGGUACCGGGGAUCGAACUCACAACUGCCUGCUUGCAAGGCAGGUGCUUAUACUGCUGAGCUAAAUCCCCAGCCCCGAGCUUCAGACUCUUAGGUCUCACUGCUUCUAUAAGUCGUUAAGCUUAGCCUAUUAAUGUAUCCACUUAAGUAAUUUUCUCAGAACUAUUAACUUUUUGACAUAUUUUGUAGAAUUUUUUAUUCUGUAAAGUUUUACUUCCUAUUCAAACAGCUUUGAAAUACCUUUGGAACUAGGAUUCCAAGAUGCAAUACCUGACUAUUGAGUAGAACCUUUCUGUGCCCCCCCCCCCCCGCUUGGUAUCGGGAAUUGAACUUGGGACCUUGCGCUUACCAGGCAGGUGCAUAUUCCCACCUUAAAGGGACAGUGCAGUACAUUGUUUAAGAGUUCAGGCUCAGCCAUGUGUGGUGGCACACACCUGUUAUAAUACUCAAGGGCUAAGGCAGAAGGAUCACCACAAUUUUCAGGCCACUUCAGACUAUGUAGUGAGCUCAAGACCAGCCUGAACAACAUAGCAAGACCCUGUCUCAUAAAAAACAAAGAACACAAGUUGUUAGGUCGAAAUUCCUCCCCUAUGAGUGACUUGCUUGUGAGUCUGGGUUUACGUGAGAAAUGCAAGUAACAGUAUCUACACACAAUGUUAGGGAAUUAGGCAAGAUACUAUAAGUAUAUACCACGUAGAACAGUGAUUAGCAUGGGUCAUCAUUGAAGCACAUAGCAAUAAAUGUAGGCAUGCCAUCAGAUGCCUUUUUCGUUUUAGGUAUCUUUUUUGUUGAAUGUCUUUUCUAUUGCUUUUUGUUUCACAUCUUUUUUUAUUAAGGCACGUUAGCUUUAUAGAUUAAUGGAUUUCUUUUUUUUUUUUUUUUUGUCUUUUUCCUUUUUAUCGGUACCAGGGAUCAAACUCACAACUGCCUGCUUGCAAGGCAGGCGCUUAUGCCGCUGAACUAAAUCUCCAGCCCCAGAUUAAUGGAUUUCAUCUGCCAGAAUUAUGCAUACUUUGAUCAUGUUCAACCCUCACUACCCCUUUGUCCUACCUUUCCCCUUGGUUUCAUAUUUUUUGGAUGUCCAUGUCAGUAUAUCUUGGUCAUCUCCACUCCCCUCUUACCUACCCUUAUGCCUCUUCCACUUGCCCUUUAUUCCCCUUCCUAUUGUUUAUUAAUAGUCUCCAUUCUACUUUCUUGGCAUCUUUUUAGAUUCCACACAUUAGAGCAUGCAAUAUUUGUCUUUUUGUGUCUGGCUUAUUUUGCUCAACAAUAGUGAUCUCCAGAUCUGCCCAUUUUCCUGCAAAUAACAAAUUUUGUUCUCUCAAUAGAUGACUAAUACUUUGUUGUUUAUAUAUAUUUUUUCAUUUGUCUGUUGACAGGUCUUAGACUGGUUUCCUUUAUUGUUGUGAAUUGUACCACAAUAAACAUGGGUAUGCGAGUAUCUGUAUACUAUGCUGAGUUUAAUUUCUUUGGGUAUAUACUAAGGAGUAGUAUAGCUGGAUGAAAUGGUAGUUCUGUUUUGAGUUUUUUGAGAAAUCUCUGUGUGGGCUAUACUAAUUUACAUUCCCUCCAGCAAUGUAGAAGGGUACAUUUUCCUUUAAAUCUUCAACAGCAUUUUUUUAAGGCAAGGUCUUGCUAUGUAGCCAGCCUGGCCUAGAAUUCACAGUAAUCCUCCUGCCUCAGCCUCCCAAGUGCUAGGACUUGUUCUUGUUUGUUCAUUUGUUUUCUUGUGUGUGUAUUCUUGAAGAUAGCCAUUGUGACUGGACUGAGAUGCAAUUUCAAUGUAGUUUUGAUUUGCAUUUCCCUAACAGCUAAAGAUGUUGACCAUGUUUUCAUAUGUGUACUUAUUGGUUAUUUAUAAGAGAAGUAUCUGUUCAAUUGCCAUUAGAUUUUUGAUGUUUCAAGGUCACUAGACUUGGUUGCUGUCAUUUUUGAUUUUUUAAACAGAAUCUUGCUAUGUAGUCCAGAUUGGCCUCAAACUCACAAUCCUCUAUCCUCAGCCUCUUGAGUUCUGAGAAUAUAGAUAUGCAUCAUCAAACCCAACUUAGACUUGUAGUUUUAGAGAAUGUCUAUUGCACCUAUGUAAAUUUUAGUCAUACCUUUUGUAAAUAGUGUUGGGUAUUUCCCUAAAUUAUAUAGCGUUAUAUUUAACUAUUCCCAUGUUUUACCUCAUAUUCAUACUUCUUUGAUCUUUCUUUUUGUGUGUGUGCCAGAGAUUGAACGCAUGACCUUGCACUUUCCAGGAAAGUGCUUAUGUCACUGAACUAAAUCCCCAGCCCAUACAUCUUUGAUCUUAAGAUUCCUUUGAAUAUUUAAGUUCUUGUCAUUUUGACCACCUAGAAGAGUUUCGUGCCAUCAACAAACUCGAAGAGGCUAUUAUGUAUCUCUCUUGCUGUUUUUAAUUCACACUGAAAGAUAAUGGUUUAUGUACACCACUGUGAUAUAUGGUAUUGUAAAGAGAAUAUAGUCUUCAAAUGAAAGUCCUAGGUUUAAAUCUUGGUCCUGUGUCUAACUAACUGUGCCACCUUGAAAAUUAUCUGGACUUGUCUACUAUUAGCUUUCUCAUCAGUGAAGUUAUCAUUCUUGGUAAUUCCCUUGCAAGUUGGCGAUAAGGAAUGUAUGUGUGUGUAUAUAAAUUUGACACUGGCACGACAAAAAGUUGACAAUAAAUGAUGCCGCUGUUACUGUUAC